AUGACACCGGCUGCGCAGAAGCAGCCGCAGAGGCAGUCGGAAGAGAGCAAGCCGGCUGGCGCUCAUCCAAAGAAUGGCGAUGGCUCGUCACCGCACAAGGGCGAAUCUGGUUCCUCUUCGUCUUCGACAAAGAGGCGCAAGGUGGGCACGGCGUGCAUCUACUGUCGCCGAAGCCACAUGACAUGCGACGAAGGGCGGCCGUGCAAGCGCUGCAUCAAGAGGGAUAUCGGCCACCUCUGUCACGAUGAGUCAACGUCUAGGGGCUCAGCCGGCCACGCUUCGUCGUCAAGCUCGAACAAAUUCCUCGGCCCAAAUCUGGCGCCUUCGGCGUCGACAAACCCUUCAUCACUCUGGGGCCUCGGUAGCGGCUCUGUCCUUGGAGGCGCGGGCUUCCUCGGUCUCGGAGGUGGAAAUGGCGAAGGGAUGGGCGCGAGCGGUGACGUAGCGGGGGGCAACGAAUACAACAUCCUCAGCGAAUUUCUCGAGUCGCUCGACGGCUCAGCCUUUCCCACUCCGCCACCGGACGCAGCGCCGGGCGCCUACGGUUCCUCGCUCAAGGGCUUCAACACAAAAACGGAAAAGUUCUUCUUGACGGCCGCCGACCAAAAUGACGGGACAAGGGACGAACGCCUGGGCAAGGUCAUUCAAGCAAAGUACGAUGCCGGAUUGCUGAGACCUUACAAUCACGUCAAUGGCUAUGCUCGGCUGAAUCGAUGGAUGGAGCAAAAUGCGUCGCAAGCGUCUCGAAGGCGGAUCCUCAAACCGCUCUCUGUGUUCCGACCUGCAUUUCGGGCUGUGGCCCAAUCUCUGACCAACGUCGACCUUAUCUACAUCGAAGAGGCAUUCGAAAGACUUUUGCUCGACUAUGACCGCGUCUUUUCCACCCAGGGCAUCCCCGCCUGCCUCUGGCGCCGGACCGGGGAGAUUUACAAGGGCAAUAAGGAGUUUGCCGAGCUCGUGGGUGUGGGCAUCGAGGCGCUGCGCGAGGGUCGUUGCACCAUCUACGAGCUCAUGGAGGAAGAGUCGGCGGUCAACUAUUGGGAAAAGUACGGCGCUGUUUCGUUUGACCCUGGUCAAAAGGCCGUCCUGACGUCGUGCGUUCUCAAAACGAGAGCAAAGACCUCGUCGACCGAGUCAUCAUCGUCUGAGGAGACGGACGUGCGUCAUAUCCCGUGCUGCUUCUCAUUCACGAUCCGGAGAGAUGCCUGGAGCAUCCCUUGCCUCAUCGUGGGCAACUUUCUGCCCUUGAAACAGUAG